GUUCACUGUGGUAUAGUCCUGCCUGCCAAAAUGGAUUCGAAAAAGAUGAAGACCGUUAUUAACGCCGAAGAAGAACAUUUGGUAUCGAAAUCAACCAAAACAACAACAAAAUCAGUUAAAAAGCUAUCGACAAUCGAUUCGAAAAUGGAGAAAAUUGCGGAUACAGAAAUUGUAGACUUGGAAGUUAAUACUAAUUCAAUUUUGGAGAGUAUUUCGAAAAGCGGCCAAACAGCCGAGCCGAAAUUGCCAAUCGAUGUUAAUAAUUUAUCAGUUAAUAAUGCAGACGAUUCAAUUGUUCCAUUGCAAAAGAAAAAGAAUAAAUCCAAGAAAUCGAAGAAAUGCGAAUACGAUGAUCAAAAUAUAUCUGUGAAGAGCAGUUUUAACAAAUUUGAUGCCCUUCAGAAGCGAAAUUUAAUUCAUGUACGUUCAAGUGAUUCAAGUAAAGCUCAACAAAUCUUCAGUAAUCUGAAAGAUGAGCAGCAGACCGAUUGCAAACUGUGUUCAAAGCCGGUCUAUAAAAUGGAGGAAGUUAUUGUUCAGUUCAAGUCGGACAAAUCUAUCUACCAUAAAUUCUGCUUGCGAUGCAAAGACUGCGGCAGACAAUUAAAGUUCGAUAAUUAUCAGAGUCACGAAGGAGAUCUGUACUGCAAUGUACAUUUCAAACAACUCUUUGCACCUAAGGUCGUUGAGCAGGUCGAAGAAACAAAGCAAUGCAAAACUGAGUUAAUUAUUCGUGAAAGCCAACCAAUUGAGCUGCCUCCGGAUGUUAUUCGUGCAUCGGAUAAGCCCGACCUAGGGCUUGAUGAACUGCAUCAAUUGAACGUUCGUUCGAGAUUUGAACUUUUUGAGAAUGUGGAUCAAAAUAAGCUUAGAGGGGACCAACUGAUACUGAACCAACGUCCUGUGAUUAAGAGCAGCAAGUUAGUUCUUGCGAAAUAUCGACCAAAUGAUGUAGAUAUUAGAUGCGGAGCAUCGAACGAAAGCGGUGAUGAACCAGCAGAAGAAAAUGAGGAUGCGGACUUAAUACGCUCGAAAAAAAACACUCGAAAGGAGCGGCCUAUUGGUCUGGGCGAUGCCAUGAAUGACAUCAAGACUAAAUUCGAAAAGGGUUCAGUGCAGUCCAAGGAAGAACGCCGUGAAGAACGAAAGCAGGAAAUCCAAAACAUACGUUCUCGCCUCUUCAUGGGCAAACAGGCAAAAAUCAAAGAAAUGUAUCAACAGGCAGUCGCCGAAUCCGAACAGGCUAUCACAUCCGUCGGCAAGCAACCGGAUGUUGAGAUUGGUGGAGCAGCUCGUUCCAUUAAAGAGCGAUUCGAAAAAGGAGAAAUGUUUCACGACAAGGACAAUGAGUCUAAAACAUCCAAUUGCAGUCAUGGUCAUGGCUCAGGGCUGUCGGAGGAUGCUGAUGUUUUUGAAUCUGCUAUAAGUAAAAAGUCACGCAGCAUUUUCAUGGAACUAGACGCGAACGUGGCAUCGAGUCCGCAUGCCAAAUGCGAUUUUCAAAGAAGUCGACCCAUCCAUAUUAACAAAUGCCUGCGUCAAAAUCAAUUGCUUGCCGAGAACUCUGACAUAGAUGUGGUUAAAUGUGAUGCGAAAGCGGAGGAUAUCAAAGCGACUACAGCCGAGCUAAGCCAGAAGUUUAAAUUUUUCGAAACGUAUCGCCCUAAGGAUGGAGAGAAGCGUCAGUUCCGUAUAACACCACCUCGCGAAGGUGUAGUUAAAAUGCCAUCGGUCGAUUCCGAAACUGAUUCCGAGUCGGGCAAACAGAACUUUCACGAUAAUGUACUACAAAAAACACAGACCACUUCCACAAUGCUGAACAAGUUUCGAGAAAUGGAGCAAAAUAAAUCAAUUAAUUCUAACUGCAUGAGUCCCAGGCCUCUAAAAUGUUUCACGCCUCCGCCAGCAGGAGAUAGGCAGAACUUUAAUGAUAAAUCCAACAGUGAAGAGGACGAGGACGAGGAUGACGACGAUGAUGAUAAUGAGUCCGACGAUGAUGACGAAAUCAAUCAAGAAAUUGUAAACUUAAAUUCAAAUAACAGAGAUGAGGCGCUUAGAGAGGCACACAACGCAGCUCGCGCAAAGCAACUUCGCGCCAAAUUUGAAAAAUGGCAGGCAAACGAGAUCAAGCGAGAAAUAAUGGAGGGCUUUGUGGACAUCUACUCAGAACAAGUUUCUGAUGAGUCAACCAUAGAAAGUGCCAAGGCAAUACGCGAGCGCUUCGAAAAUAUGAAAAAUAUGGAACGCAACUCAACAGUUCGACCCCGGCAUCAGGUUAACCGUUUUGUAUAAUGAUACACUGGAUAC